AUGGGAAGAAGCAUCACCACCACUUUCCUUUGCUUUUUUGUGCUUAUUGCUCUUGUUAUUCCCAAAGGUUUAAGCCAAGAAGACAAUAGAUGUCCUUCGAAAUCGAUUGAGAUUGUCCAAAUUCAGACAUCGACGACAGAGUGGAAGGUGAGUGUGACCAACACGUGCAGUUGCAGCGUUUAUCAUGUGAAACUUUUGUGCCCCAAUUUCGAAUCUGUAGUUGUUAGUAAGAAUGAUCAAUCGGUCAUCUCCGAAAUUGGAAAGAGUGGCGUGUGUCUUUUUAACAAUGGCAAUGGAUUCGUUGGAGAUGCUGUCACUUUUACAUAUUCUGGCGAACGCAUCGAUUUUGCACUCGAUACCUACGAUGUAGCAUGCUCUUAA